CGCAGAAGUGCAGCACACCGCAUUCCCCGCUUUUCUCUUGCUGCCUUUUCCCGCAGGCGAUCAAACAAGCCCAAUAAUUUAUGCUUCGUCUUGUAUCGUCUUUAUUUUUACUCGUGUCUUUCUUCUUUCCAGCCUAUACGAGCAUUACCGAGCUGAGGGCCAGUCCGCACCGAUCCCCUGGGCAGUAGAUGCUAAUUUCCUCACCAUGGCAACGGAGGACAAGAAACCAGAGACUGACACAAAACCUCCAGUUGUUCAGUCAGCAUCUUCCAAUCAAAGCAAGUCUGCGCCUGCAAAGCCAAACUACAGCCUCAAAUUCACACUAGCGGGACACACUAAAGCUGUGUCCUCCGUCAAAUUCAGUCCCAGUGGAGAAUGGCUCGCCAGCUCAUCUGCUGAUAAACUCAUCAAAAUCUGGGGAGCGUAUGAUGGAAAGUUUGAAAAAACCAUAUCUGGACACAAACUUGGCAUAUCUGACGUGGCCUGGUCCUCGGACUCCAACCUCCUGGUUUCUGCAUCGGAUGACAAAACCCUGAAGAUCUGGGACGUCAGCUCGGGAAAGUGCUUAAAAACCCUGAAAGGUCACAGCAACUAUGUCUUCUGCUGCAAUUUCAACCCCCAGUCCAAUCUCAUCGUGUCAGGAUCGUUUGACGAGAGCGUGAGGAUAUGGGACGUGAAGACUGGGAAGUGUUUGAAAACCCUGCCAGCUCAUUCUGACCCCGUCUCCGCUGUUCAUUUCAACAGAGACGGCUCCCUGAUCGUGUCCAGUAGCUACGAUGGCCUCUGUCGAAUCUGGGACACGGCAUCAGGGCAGUGUCUAAAAACCCUCAUUGAUGACGACAACCCUCCUGUGUCGUUUGUGAAGUUCUCCCCCAAUGGGAAAUACAUCCUGGCUGCUACGUUGGAUAACACACUGAAGCUGUGGGACUACAGCAAAGGAAAGUGCUUGAAAACAUACACAGGCCACAAGAACGAGAAGUACUGCAUAUUUGCUAAUUUCUCCGUCACUGGAGGGAAGUGGAUCGUGUCGGGCUCCGAGGACAACAUGGUUUAUAUCUGGAACUUACAGACAAAAGAGAUUGUGCAGAAACUCCAAGGCCACACAGAUGUCGUCAUCUCAACCGCCUGCCACCCAACAGAAAACAUCAUCGCGUCAGCGGCUUUAGAAAAUGACAAAACCAUCAAGUUAUGGAAAAGCGACUGCUAAGCCCCUUUUGGAUAUUUUGGAGGGCCGUUCAUCUUUCCUUCAUUUGAUUGGAUUUGAUUUUUUUUUUAAUUUUGAUGUAAGACGAGGGUUUUUUUUUUCUAAAAGAUCUUCUGUUAUGAUUGAUGCAAAGAGCUUUGAGUGAAUGAAAUUCAGAACCCGAUCAGAAACAUCAGCUUCAAGCGGUGUUACCAUUUCACCACAUCCAACAACAUGUCAGGUCUUUUUGUUUUAACGCAACGUUCUGGUGCUUCAUCUUGUAGUUUCUGAUUCAUUACAGCUCCUGUACUAUAAAUGUAUUGGUUACUUGGCCUUUUGAAGGAUUUUGUAUUGAAUUUAGUCUUUGCCAUGUGACUGUGUGGAACCGUCUGAACUAAGAGGUGACAUUUACAUCAGGCUUUAGAUUUAAUAAAAGAAAAGUACCCCAAAAUUCAAGAAUUCUUUCAUUUAUUUAUUUCAGUAGUAUCAAUAUUGCUUUUUUGUUUUCUUCAAAUGUCAUCUUUGUGCCAUAGUAAAAUGGGCUUUGUUAAAAACCAAAUUACAUAACUCAUUUGAUUUUUUUAGGGAUAAAGACGAAGGAAAAGACUCAAGUGUAAGCAUGGGAAGGAUUCAAGCGAAGUAAAAAAAAAUCAAAAUAUGCAUGUCACAGUUGAGUUACAAAAAAAAUGGCCCCUGGAUUUUUUUUCGUUUUUUUUUUUAAUCCAAAUGGCAGAAAAAAACGAUCAUGUAUUAAAGCUUCCUUGUUUGUAUAAUACUUUGUACAACAGCGACCAAAUGCAGUUAUUGUGUUCUAGUAUUUGUACAUAUUCCACUGAUGUGUUUUUUUUUCCUGCUCUGCUUGAUUAGCAUGUAGUCGUGCACCUGAAGCCAGCAGCACCUGUUUUUCUGUGGAUCACCUGGAUGUUGUGGAACAUGUUUGCAUUAAACAGCAACAACCUGCAACUUAAUAAAAAAAACAGUUUUUGUAUGUUUCA